AUGCAACGUCUUUUCAACAACAACGCAAAUAACGACUGUGAUGGCUGGCGCGACAAACUGGUGGGCAAAGUACUCUUGAAGCCAAAUGAAGAAACCACGCUUACAGCAGACAAGGUCGUCCGUGAGAACGAGCUUCCAUCGCAACAUAGAAUCAUUCCUCCCAACGGAGUUAUCACAAUGGACUUUCGGACUGAUCGACUAAACGUAAAUGUGGAUGAUAACCGUACAGUACGCUCUGUACACUACGGCUAA